GCGCGCCCUCGCGCUGUAUCUCUGUUCAUUUCACACUCACUCAGAUCAUCACAAAUAUCCUCCUCGAGCCAAUACCUGAGGGAAACCUGAAUUUCGGACACGUAAUUCGGACAGAAGCUCUUUAACCUGCCAGACAAAUGUCCAAUCCACUAGAGAGGGUUGUAGCCCAGAAGAAGGAGGCCAUUGAAGCAGUAAUGGAGAUGUUUGAGAGAGGAGCCGAGGUGCUGGCCAGCGCUGUUGGAGAGCUGUGUCCUCUGUUUGAAGCUUCUGCACCAGUUUUGAGGCUGGUCUUGGACAAUGUGGAAAGCAAGGAGAUCACAUACGUCAAAGAUCAAUUUCUAGUUGUGAGGAGCAAAUUGGAUGUCCUUUCAUCUCAAAUAGAGGACAUCAACUGCGAGAUUAAAAAGGGACGUUUGGAUUCUCAGUUUUUCACUGUGGAGGAAAAUAUAUGCAACCAGUUUAGAAAAUACAUUGACAUUCUGGAGGCCAAACCGGAGUACAAAGAGGUGAGAAAACGCUUGUUCUUGCAGCAUUUUCCCAAAACAGGAGGAGAGAAGAACCUCUACAUGCUUUAUGAUGCUGUGAUGGGGAACAGCACAUUUGGGGAGCCAAUCCUGGAUGUUGUGGAACAAUACGAGGCCAGAAACAGACGGGUCCUGGAAGACUUCUGCGUCAGACUGAAGGAGCUGCUCUGUCUGGGAAUAAUCGCUCUGCUGGGAUAUUGUUUCCUUACUCAGGGCGAAGAGGCUGAGCAGGAGAAGAUUCAAGAUUGGAGCGCGAAGAUCCAAGAAAUUGAAAUGAAAAUGAAGGAAACGAUAGAGAAAUGUGUGCAGUCAUUUCCGGAGCAAGCUGAACUGGACAUCAAGAGGCUUGUGAAGGAGAGAGAAGAUGGGAACCUCCAGGAAAUGGCCAAGGAACUGCUGGACUUCCUGGUGAAGAAAUACGACUGGGUGAGCUGGUCCAUCAGAGUCGUUAGUAACUUGGGCAAAAUUAGAACCUUGAGAGCUGGACAAAACUUUCAGUGUGUGGCCGGACAGAGUUAUUUUGAAGUGUCUCAAGGAAAUGACAUAAACCUGGUGGUCUCGUUCUGCAGCGCCCCUCAGCCUGUGCCCAAUGAGAGCAUAAAACAGAUGAUGGAAGGUCCUGCGAGGAAGGGAGAUGCCAAAGCUGUCGUAGAGCUUCUGGAGCAGCAGUUAGCAGGGUUUCUGGUUCAUGCCAUCAGUCGUCACAAGGAGAGCUUUGCUGUGUCCAGUUUUCCUGAAGAGUGUCACUACUGGGACAAACACAAGAAUGUGAAUGUCUGUGUGCAUGCAGAGGAGAUUUAGAAAGGAUAAAAAGGCUCAUUAGUCAUUUACCCAGCUAACAGGGAAUGUUCUCAGAACUUUAGCUAACGUUCUGGCAAUGUUCUCUCAAAGUUAUGAACAAAUGUUCUUCCAGGAAUGUUGAUAGAACGUUUGUUUAAAGUCAACUGGUCUUUAAUAAUGUUUUCAAAAUAUUAGCUCAAAAACAUUAUCUAUACACGCUAAAAAAAUAUAUAUAAAAAAAAAAAAAUGCUGGGUUAAAAACAACCCAAGUUGGGUUGAAAAUGGACAAACCCAGAAAUUGGGUUGUUUUAACCCAGCGGUUGGGUUAAAUGUUUGCCCAACCUGUUGGGUAGUUUUACAUUUUAUUUAAUUUUUUAGAGUGUACAUCAUUCAUGGAAUGUUUUUUUUUUCCUGAAACAUUUUAGUUGGCUGUUCGUGUAAUGUUUUUAAAUGUUACUACUUAUGUUCAGAAAACAUUCAAAAUUAAGUUUUCAGAAUAAAAUGGAAUGUUUCCUUAAAGUUUACAUAACCAAGAAAAAACGUUUUUAAAACAUUUUUAAAAAUUGACAUUUUGGGCGAUCAGAGAACAUUCAGACAUCAUUUUUUCGUCACUUAAUAGGGAACGUUAGCAAAAUGUUCUUAGAACACAUUUUUGUUAGCUGGGUAUACAGUAUUUCACAGUAUUUUAAAUCACACUAAAUAUAAAAAUCUACUAUAACUGCACCUUAUUUAUCUAUGAUAUAUGCCUUGAAAAAUAGUAUUUAUUUGGCAUUGUUCAAUGUCAGCUAAUUGUGUCUAACAAAUCUAAUUAUUGCAUUUAUUGUAAUUCUUCACUUCAUUUUCUUUGUUCUAAAAUGAAACCAAAGUGAUUUUUCAAACUAACUAGCUUAACUAACCAGCCCAUCUGUGUAUGCACUUUUCUAAGCAUUAUAUCACGUUUUAAACAUUUUUUUAUUUUAUGCUUUAAAUGUGUAAAUGUCUGAGAUCAUGCAUUUAAACAAUAUCAUUCUAAAAACAAAGCUGUGUAGUUGUGUGAAAAGGUAGGGAAAAUGGCUUUUGUGCCAAGUACACUGUAUUUAAACAGUGCCAGGACUGGCAGUUUGGUCUUUGUGAGAAUGACCUACAUAGAGCCAACAGAGAAAAAAAAUGCCCUAUCAAGCCAUGAAAAGAAGCAGUGAAGUCAUCUCACGAAACAAGUCCAGUUGUCUUGCCUCAGCACACUGAGCAAAAUAAGAACAUUUGCAAAAUGCAUGUUUCCAAGAAAUAUUUCGGAAUCAAUUUCCAACAUCCACUGCUGUGAUAUACCACCCGCCGCAUUUAAUUAAAUAACUGUUUCUGUACCCAAGUCAGCAUUUUCUGGCCAGCGGCUGCAGAAACAUUGAGAGUGACGUUUCACUUAGUUAAUAUAAAGCCGACGAGCUCCAAAGUGCUGUGAUCAGCUCUCCGGAUGCAGUCAUUAAAAUCACUGAGGUGCCGAGUGAAGGAUCAAUCCAUCAUUUAACACCCGAGAGGGAGAAUUAUAUUUCCAUUGUAUUCUUGUAUUUCAUUCUGUUUCUAUUGUGAGAUGAUGCUAAAACAAAUAUUGUAAAUGCAUUCUGUACUCAAAAUCACAAGGAAUCAAAAUAAUACUGAAAAUAAACAAUGUUAUUAGAGGCCUAA